UGCAAACGCAUACCUAAUCUCAAUCAUUCUGAAUUAAAGGCAGUGAAAGCUGUGGUAAAGAAAUGGCAGACAAUAGAGAAAAAUGAAGUGAUAUAUGUUUGGCAUCACUCGGAAGACUCGGACCCCGAUUAUUACCCCGAAGAUUUUUUAGUCAAACAUAAUACAAAGCUUGUUCUACAACAAACAUAUCCACAUAUGGUAUUAACUUCCUUUCAGAUGAUGAUAGAAAAUUCAUCGGACGUACACCACGCAAAUUACGUGCACAGCGAGCUCAUACCCUAUGUAGCUAGUUUGAAAUAUUCAAUUAGCUCAGAUUACGGCCAUGAACCGGCACCAGUUGUCCAGGGCACCAUGACACUAUGCGUGUUUAAACGCACCAUGGCCACAAUACCAUUUAUUUUGCACCAAUGGUCGCCAGUGUUGGCCACGUUAGCCGUGGGCACUGAGCACUCGUUUGGCGGCAUUUUAUUAACGGCGGCCAUAUGUGUGCCCAUACGGCACGACCAGACCCUCAUGACAACACUCUUGUACACUAAGCGAUCCACUUUAAGCUCAUUGUUUCCAUUGGGCUUUCAAUAUUUGGUAAACAGCCAGAUUUCGGGCGAUAUUAUGAUUUGGACAAACAGUCAGAGACCUAAGCGCCCGGUGUUUACCCGCAAUGACGAGGCUAUUGUGAAGUACCGACGCUAUUGCCAACAGUUUUACACUAAAUAA